CGGGGCGGGCGCGCUGCCGUUCCCGGGUCGGGCAGCUAGAGAGCAGUGCAGGGAGCGCCAGCCCGAGCCGCGAGCUCCCUUCCUGUGGGCAAGGCCGACAGCGGAGCCGAGCGCCGGCCGAGGCCCGGGCCGGCCGCCCCCGCUCCGCUCGCCCAUGGCGGAGACCAAGAUCAUCUACCACAUCGACGAGGAGGAGACGCCGUACCUGGUGAAGCUGUCCGUGCCGCCGGAGAAAGUCACGCUGGCCGAUUUCAAAAAUGUCCUCAGCAACCGGCCCGUGCACAGCUACAAGUUCUUCUUCAAGUCCAUGGACCAGGAUUUCGGGGUGGUGAAGGAAGAGAUCUCAGAUGACAAUGCAAAGCUCCCUUGCUUCAAUGGAAGAGUGGUGUCCUGGCUGGUCCUGGCUGAAAGCUCCCAUUCUGACACGGGCUCCCAGUGCACUGAGAGCCACACGGACCUUCCACCACCCCUGGAGAGGACAGGAGGCAUCGGAGACUCCCGGCCCCCAUCAUUCCACCCCAACGCUGCCAGCAGCAGGGAUGGCCUGGACAACGAGACAGGAACAGAGUCUGUGAUGAGCCACCGGCGCGAGCGGCACCGGCGGAGGAACCGCGAAGGCCAUGAGGAUGUCCCCAGGAUCAAUGGGCACCCCAAGCUGGACAGGCACCGUGAGCAACCCCCUGGCUACGACAGCUCCUCCACCAUGAUGAGCAGUGAGCUAGAGUCCAGCAGCUUCAUCGACUCUGAGGACGAUGACAACACCAGCAGGUUGAGCAGCUCCACGGAGCAGAGCACCUCAUCCCGGCUCAUCCGGAAGCACAAACGCCGGAGGAGGAAACAGAGGAUGCGGCAGAUUGACAGGUCAUCUUCGUUCAGCAGCAUCACUGACUCCACCAUGUCCUUAAAUAUCAUCACUGUCACACUCAACAUGGAAAAGUACAACUUCCUGGGAAUCAGCAUUGUGGGACAGAGCAAUGACCGGGGUGAUGGUGGCAUCUACAUCGGCUCCAUCAUGAAAGGAGGGGCGGUGGCAGCGGACGGGCGCAUUGAGCCAGGGGACAUGCUGCUGCAGGUGAAUGAUGUCAAUUUUGAGAACAUGAGCAAUGAUGAUGCCGUUCGGGUUUUACGGGAAAUAGUCUCUAAACCAGGACCUAUCAGCCUAACAGUAGCCAAAUGCUGGGACCCUACUCCCAGGAGUUAUUUCACCAUCCCCAGGGCUGAGCCGGUGCGGCCGAUCGACCCCGCGGCGUGGAUCUCUCAUACCACAGCCAUGACGGGAGCGUACCCCCGUUACGGUAUGAGCCCCUCCAUGAGCAUCACCACAUCUACCAGCUCCUCACUAACAAGCUCAAUUCCCGAGUCGGAAAAAUUAGAAGAAUCUCCCUUAACUGUGAAGAGUGACAUGGCUACUAUUGUCAAGGUCAUGCAGCUGCCAGACUCGGGCCUUGAAAUUCGGGACAGGAUGUGGUUAAAAAUCACCAUCUCCAAUGCAGUAAUAGGAGCAGAUGUGGUGGACUGGCUUUACACACACGUGGAAGGCUUCAAGGACCGCCGGGAGGCCAGGAAAUACGCCAGCAGCAUGUUGAAACACGGCUACCUCAGGCACACUGUGAACAAAAUCACCUUCUCAGAGCAGUGCUACUAUGUCUUUGGAGACCUCUGUGGCAAUCUGGCUGCACUGAACCUCAACAACGGUUCCAGCGGCGCCUCAGAUCAGGACACCCUGGCUCCACUCCCACAUCCCGCUGCUCCCUGGCCCUUGGGCCAAGGAUAUCCCUACCAGUAUCCUCUGCCCCCUCCUUGUUUCCCACCAGCCUACCAAGACCCAGGCUUUAGCUAUGGCAGUGGCAGUGCAGGCAGCCAGCAGAGUGAAGGGAGCAAAAGCAGCGGCUCGAACCGGAGCACCAGCGAGACCAGCAGGAGAGGAGCGGGCAGGGAGAAGGAGCGCAAGUCGGGGGGCAGCGGCAGCGAGUCGGAGCCCGGAGCGCGCCGGGAGCGGCCGCUGAGCCAGCUCAGCCAGCGCAGCCACGGCUCUGCCAGCGACAGGAGCCACCAGAGCCACCACUCGUAUGGGCCCCCGGGGGUGCCCCCCUUGUACAGCCUGCCCAAGCUGGGCUCCAAGGUGCUGGGCAGCAGCGGCCCGCCCGGAGGGCCCCCGGUGCGCGAGCUGAGCGCCGUGCCGCCCGAGCUCACCGGGAGCCGCCAGUCCUUCCAGAAGGCCAUGGGCAACCCUUGCGAGUUCUUUGUGGACAUCAUGUGAGAGGAAGUGCCUUCAAAAGACUCUGCACACGAGGGUGGGGGUUUUUUUUGUGGGUGGGUGGGUUUGGGGGAGUCGUUGUGGGACGCUCAGUGGAAGAGGCUUGGCUGUCUUGCAUGUCACACCUUCCUGUUCGCAAGUGUGUAGCAGAAAAAAAGUGGACAAAACUGAACAAAAAAAAAAAAAGAAAAAAGAAAAAAAAUUACAAAAAUUAACAACAAAAUCUCCUGGGACUGUUAAAUAUUGAAAAAUUGCAAAUCAGCGGCAUCUUUUCGUUAUCUUUGGGUUUUUUCCCCUCCCCAUCUCGUUUUGGAUUGUGAAUGGCUGGUGUAUAUUCACAUCUUAAUGAGCUUUGGUCAUUGUGGCACCUACUUCAGUGGAAUUAGUGUCUCUUUUUGGGCUGAUUGGAGGACUGGUAUUUCACAUGACUUCUAAAUUCCUGACAAUGCAUAGGAGCACUUUGAUUUUUUUCCGGCUUUUUCUCUUGCAAGGACAAAACAACUGCUGGCUGGUAUCUGGGAUACUGCCUUGGAAUGCUGUUUCUUGGAUGCAUCCAUAGCUCUAAGCAUACAUGGCACCCACAAGUGCUUGGAAAGGAGUAGGAUCUAACCAAUUCCUAGAGGAGAACAAAGUUGUGGCUACUUCCUGCUGUCUAGGGAGUAUAAGUCAAUCUUUCUUGGGCUGUUUGAGGGGCUUUUUUUCAAGAUACUCUCUCAAGGGAGUGCUGGAGUCUUGCUACUGUAUGUGUUCAUUGUGCAGAACUUACAAAAUUAUUUCCUUAUUUCCCAAGAGUGAUUUUCCAGCUGCACUCGGUUCCUGGGCAUUUCAGUCAUAUUCCUGCUGCCAGGUGUGGCUGUUCCCUCUGGAUGUGCACUUGCUUGCAGGUUGGAAGAGUUAUUCCCACAGAAAUAGGAAAAUUGUUCUGUCAGCUUUUCCCUUUUGAAGGGGCUGUUUAUCCCAUUCCAGCAAAGGCACUGGGAAAUCCUGGCUCCCACUGGGACGUGGCUCUUCAUUGUGAUCCCUCCUUCCUUUCUGAGCAGAAUCUUUCUCUUUUUUGUUGAAACAGAGAGCUGGAGAUGUCUGAUCCCCCAGGGAGCAUUUCUCAGCACAGUGGGCAGAGAGGUGUCAGGACAUCUGAGAACAGAUCAGGAAUGGUGCAAAAAGAAAUCCUUACCCCGCACACCAAGUGAGACCCACCCUGGAGCUCCUC